AUGAACUCUUACAAAGAAUCUAAUCAUGUACUAGACCAAAAACGACUAUUGGAUGAAUGUAUUUUUGUUGUCAAGGAGCAAAGCUUUUUUAUGAAGCAGGCACUGGACAAUGGAUCACUGAGGGACACACUCAAGCACGCAUCGAAUAUGCUGUGUGAACUAAAAACAACAGAACUUUCCCCUAAGUAUUAUUAUGAAUUGUACAUGCUAAUAUUCAAUGAAAUGCAGCAUUUAGAUAGUUUUAUAAAUGAUAAAAAAAAACAUAAAAAAAAAUUUAUUGAUAUAUAUGAAAGUGUGCAACAUGCAGGAAAUAUAAUACCACGUUUAUAUUUACUAAUAAUAGUUGGUCGAAAUUAUAUAAAAAAUAAAGAUAUAAAAGCAAAGUAUAUUUUAAAAGAUAUGACCGAAUUAUGUAAAGGUAUACAACAUCCUUUAAAAGGUUUGUUUUUGAGAUAUUUUUUAAUACAAAUGUGUAAAGAUAGGAUACCAGAUACUGGUAGUGAAUAUGAAGAAGCAGGUGGUGGUAAUAUUGAUGAUGCAUUUGAAUUUUUACUAACAAAUUUUUAUGAAAGUUUAAAAUUAUGGAAUAGAAUGAAUGAUAAAGUAGUACCUAUUUCUAAUAAUAUAGAUGAUAAUGUUUUAAAAAGUAAUAGAAUAAAAAUAUUAAAAGAAAAAAUGGAUGUAAAAAUGUUAGUUGGUUCGAUAUUAGUACGUAUGUCACAAUUAGAAGGAAUGACAAAACAAUAUUAUAUUGAAAAAUGUUUACCAAAAUUAUUAUUAUACUUAUCUAAUAUUAAUGAUUCAUUAAUACAACAAUAUAUAUUUGAAUCUAUUGUUCAAGUAUUUAGUGAUGAAUGUCAUUUAUAUAGUUUAGAAAUUUUAUUAAAUUCAAUUUUAAAAUUAAAUAAUUCUGUUGAUUUCAAAAAUAUUCUCAUAACGUUACUAAAAAGAUUAAGAUCAUUUGUUGAACAUGAUAAAUCAGAAUUUCCAAAAGAAAUAGAUAUAUUUAAUUUAUUUUAUAAUCAUCUUGUUAUAUAUGUUAAUAGAACAAUAGAGCAGUGUCAAAAUGAACUUAACUAUGGUGAAGCACAUGAUUUGUCAUUUCAAAAUCCCGAUAAGACUGCUAUCCAUCCUGAUUCGAUAAAUAUUAAUGAUGAGGCACCCACAUCAAACAAAAAUAAAGAAGAUGCAGAUGCAUCUAAGAUUAUACCCAUAAUUGGGGAUCACAAUGGUAUUCAUAAAAAUUCAAUCGGAAAUAAUGACAAUAAUAAAAAUAUUAAGAAAGAUAAACAAGAAAUCGUGCAAAAUAUAAUAAAAAUGUUACAAGUUUUAUAUGAAUUUAUAUUUUUAUGUAUAUGUAUGUAUGAUAGUACAACAAUUAAUGCACUAUUCGAAUUGGCAUAUAAAAUAGUAUCAAAUAUAAAUAUAAAUGAUAGUGAAAUAUCUGAACAAGUCAUAAGUAUUAUUGUACUACCAUUUAACCAUUUAGGGUUAGAUGCAUUAAAAGCAAAAAAUAUUCAAAACUUAUUAAAUAGUAUAAGUGAUAAAUAUAAAAAAAAAUUAAGUUUAAAUAUUAUUGAUGCUAUUAUAGAAUGUAAAAAUAAAGAAAUGGUAUAUGACAAUGUAGAAGAAAUAUUAAAAUUUAUUUCAUGUAUAUUUUAUGAAGAUACACCAAAUCAAAAAAAAAAUAUUAAUAAAAAAGAUCCAUUUAAUUUUGAAAAUAAUUCUAUUGCAUAUACAUCAGAAAAGAUAUCGAAAUUUUUUCAUAUAAUUACUAACACAAAUAAUAUAGAACAAAAAUAUAAUACUACAAUGUUAUUUUAUAAUUAUAUAUAUGAUAGUAUAUAUUUUAGCCAAUUACUUCCUACUAUUAUUUUUACUUUGCUAAACAUUGUCACUAAGAUAAUAGUUGUUGGUACAUCCAUACCAGAUCAUAAUGAAACAACAAAUUUGUUAAGUUCCGAAUUUGAUAAUGAACAAAGUAAAAGGGAAGACAAUUAUUAUGAUACAAAUUUUAAUAAUUUUUCAAAUAAAGAAACAACAAUAUUAAGUGAAGAUACCGUUAAUCAAUAUAAUAAAUAUGCAAAAAAUAUUUUCAAAUUUAUACACACAAAUUUAUUGGCUAUAUCAAGUGAAAUACCUAUAUUGGCAUUUAAAAUAUUUUUAUAUAGUGCUAUAGUAGUAGAUAAAUAUGAAAAAUUUGUAAAUGAUUAUUCUUUUAUAUCCUUUGACAAUAUAGAAGCUAUUUGUUUAGAAUUUAUUACACAACCAUUAAUUAUAUAUGAAGAAGAUAUAAACAUUUCAGCACAACAAUUUGAAUGUAUUAUAUGGGCUGUUGGUAUUUUAUCUACUCAUAUUAAUUUAUUGGAUAAUGAAAAUUAUAAUAAUGUUGCUUUAAAAUUAUGUCAACAUGCUAAUAAAUUAUUAAAAAAAAAAGAUCAAUGUAUUGGACUUUUAAUGUGUUCACAUUUAUAUUGGGAGAAUAAAAAAUAUAGAAAUAGUACAAAAACUUAUGAGUGUUUACAAAAAGCUUUAAAAAAUGCUGAAAUAGCUAUGCAAUCAAAUAGUGAUAAUAUAUUCUUAUUUGUUCAUACUUUAAAAAAAUAUCUAUAUUAUUAUGAGUCAUUAAAUAUUGAAGUUACUGAAAAAAAUAUUAACUAUCUCAUAGAUAUAUGUCAAGAAUAUUAUUCAGACUUGUCUAAAGAUAAUUCAGCUAAUCAAGAAUAUUUACAAAUUAUUAAGGACAUACAAGCUAAGAAACAAACCAAUCCAAAUCUCUUUCAAAAUAUAAAUGCUUAUUUACCUAGAUAA